AUGGCUUUGGUUGCGAGUUCGUGUCUACUCAUGGGUAUCUUGGUGUGUUUAUCAGUCUUCUUUUUCGAGUUCGUACAAGCGCAGAGCAACUACAGCCAAUAUGUCAAUGUAUUUCAAGGAACGAAAGGCGGUGGUAACAGAUUCCCUGGCGUCGUUGCUGCGCCCUUUGCAAUGGUGAAGUUGGGGCCCGACGUGCACGAUGGCAGGACGGAUGCAUACUCCGGAUACCUUCCAUCGGGCAACAUCUUCGGCUUCAGCAUGAUGCACGAAUCUGGAACUGGCGGUGCGCCAAAAUAUGGUGUAGUGUCACAGAUGCCAGUAGUCGGGGACGUUCUAGAUCCACUGGCUGAUCUAUCUCAGCCCCGGCGAGUACCAGAUCAAGGAAGCGUUGGAUACUACAAGUCUUCACUGGCAAACGGAGUGACGGUGGAGUUGAGUGCCACUGAACAUGCUGGGUUGUACUCGUACUCUUUCCCGAAUGGUACUGCAUCUUCUAUCGUGAUAGAUGUUUCGCACGUACUGUCUAGUUUCAGAGGCUUAGGCUGGGAGCAACAUUACGCGGGUGGUAAAUUCAUCAUUCAUCAAGAUGGGUACUAUGAGGGGUCAGGCAUAUACAAUAACGGAUGGAAUCUCUCGCCCGACUGGACAAUCUACUUUUGCGGAAAGUUCAACAAGCGACCUUCUCAGUCAUGGACCUUCAACGGUAACGCUAGUAGAUUGAGCACUCCAGCAUUUGGGUCUGCACGACUUGGUGGCGUUUUCACGUUUUCCGAAUCUAAAGUCAUGUCUCGUGUUGGCAUAUCCUUCAUCUCUCCCUCAAAGGCUUGCGCAAACCUCGAAGAGAUCACCGAAAACAAAAAAAUCGUGGAACUUGCUGACGCGGCAAAGAAGACAUGGGACGUCGAAGUCUUGAGCAAAGUUCAAGUCUCAUCCAUCAACUUAGAUGACCUACAACUGCUCUACAGUUCCCUUUAUGGGAUGUUUCUCAUCCCCUCUAACCGCACCGGCGAGAAUCCCGCCUGGAACACCGGAGAACCCUACUACGAUGAUAUCUUCACUCUCUGGGAUACGCACCGCUGCCACACACCGCUCUUCCAUAUCCUCCAACCCACCGCCUACGAAACCUUCAUCCGUUCCCUCAUCGACACCUGGCGUCACGCCGGCUUCAUGCCCGACGCACGAUCCUCAAACUACAAUGGCCGAGUACAAGGAGGCUCAAACGGCGACAACGUCCUCGCCGACGCCUACAUCAAGGGCGUCCGAGGUGCCAUAAACUGGACCGACGGAUUCUCCGCCAUGCUCACAGACGCAGAAGUCGUACCCCCCAACAACCACGACCUACAAGCCCCUGACUCCUCGACCAAAGAAGGCCGCGGCGCACUACCAGAUUGGCACACAUACGGCUACAUAACCCCACGCUUCUCACGCGCCGUCUCCCGAGCGGUAGAGUACUCCACAAAUGACUUUGCCCUCCACCAAGUCGCUUCCGGGUUGGGGAAAACAGCAGAAUUGUCAAAGUAUCUCAAUCGCUCACGCAAUUGGCGUAACCACUGGAAUCCAGCGGCUACAUCUCACAACCACACGGGCUUCCUCGUGCCUCGCCUUGCAAACGGGGCGUUUGUACCGCAGGACCCGGCGUCGUGUGGGGGCUGCUACUGGGCCGAUGCGUACUAUGAAGACAACAGUUGGAUCUACAGUAUGAACGCCAUUCACGACGUUGCAGAACUGAAGCGACGGGUAGGCGGCGACGCGGUGUUUGUAGAUCGUCUAAAUAAGAUUUUCGAGCUGGGGUUCUUCAAGGCUGGAAAUGAGCCUAGCUUUACGACGCCUUAUUUGUAUAAUUUCGUGCAGGAUGAGCAGUGGAGAAGUGUGAACCGUAGUCGGGGGAUUGGGAGGUUGUAUAAUGCCUGGGAGGGGGGUUUGCCGGGAAAUUCGGAUGCUGGGGCCAUGGAGUCGGAUCUUUUGUGGCAGAUCAUAGGCCUCUACCCUCUUACCGGCCAGACCACCUUCCUUAUUCUUUCCCCUUGGUUCCCCUCACUUACCCUCGACCUUGCGAAUGGGAAGACACUCACCGUCACCACUACUGGCUCAACCGAUCGCAACACAUCUCCUUACGUACAGAGUUUGAAAGUAAACGGCAAGGCAUGGGAUAAACCAUGGGUAAGCUGGCGAGACGUCUUCGAGAAUGGGGGUUUGAUGGAAUAUGUGCUCGGGCUUGAGCCGGUACAUUGGGCUAAAGGGGAGUUACCACCUAGCCCUGCUUCAUCUAGAUAG